AUGUCUCCACAUACUAUUGUCUCUCAUUCAUCCGUUUCCAGUGGGCUUACUACCCAUCCCGCUUUGCAUAUUAGAGAUGCAAGGGAUGCCCACAUCGUCCUAGAAGCCGUUCGACGAAACAUUCUACCUUUGAUAAUCAGACGAUUAUCUGCGAAUGAACGAGAUAACUUGUCAUCUGGUAGUGUCUUCGUUUGGGAGGAGGCCGAAUUCAAAGGGGGGCUAGAAAGGUGGACGGAUGGCAGACGAUGGUCACAGAGCAGGAUGCGAGGAGACUUCCUAUUCUACGAGGAGAAGGUAGACACCACCCAAGAGGAGCGAGAUAUCAAGGCCGCCAGGCGCGCACGGAGAGCCCUUGACCCGCUCUCUGUUCCACCCCUGACAAGUAGACGUCAAGAUCGCCCGGCGAAACCAGAUGGUCUCACCAAGCAGACUUACUCGACGCAGGUUUAUUUUCCCGGCCAAAGUCAACCAAGAAAGUGGCACAUUGUCGCCUACUUCUCGGGGAACGAUUAUACACAACUUCCAGUUAUCGAGAACUAUGAUUAUCUCCGCAGCCUUCGUAUCCCAGACGGGAUUUUUGUUUCAAACAAGGGGCCCUACAGGAGGAUCGAUCCGUUCCCGUGUGAUCCUGACGAGGAUGAGUUGUCUGUGUACAGCGCAAGUAGUAGCCGGCCAGCCAUGCCAGGUAGAACAACCUCGACAUCGUCUUCAUCUUCUUCGACAGCGAUGCCUUCACCACAAUAUCCAUCACCACCACCUACCCGAAACCAGCCGUAUAGUCCUCACGCGUCCUUGCCAAAGCUUUCCACAGUCGUGCCCAUGUACGACGGAACCAAGAAUCCGCUAGACGCGUCGCCGCAAUCGGCCUCUCCUGGCGCCCACGGGCAUGGUCAUGCUUACACACCUCUCUCCGCUGAGGACCGGCGGGUCCUGAACGCCUUUCGUGUCGUCCUCUAA